AAUCUCCUCAAAUAUUCCCUCGUCAUUCGCAUCAUCAGCUGCCUCUGGUGGCCGCAAAAGCUGCAAAAACCGCGAUAAAGUAGGUAUAGUCACGUACGCGAUAUAUAGCACAUACCGUUCACCAACACGUCGACACGCGAGUACGAACUAUAGCGAUAAUCGCUAUACGUACACGGCUCUGAGAAGGAGAACGUACUGAGGUACAGUGGUAUUGAGGAGAGUAUAGAGCCGGUUGCCGGUAGGCAGUUACUCUGCCUACUCAUUCCAAGCACUGUCGGCUCCGAGAGAAGACAAGCUUUGUCCAUUCCAACUUUUGCAGUCUCCACGUUUCCAUAUUCAAAUCAACAUGCCAGUCCCAGCUAUUCAGAAGCCAGCUCCGGAGUUCAAGGGAACCGCUGUUGUCAACGGUCAGUUUAAGGACAUCAAGCUCUCCGACUACAAGGGCAAAUAUGUCGUUCUCUUCUUCUACCCUCUUGACUUCACCUUUGUCUGCCCAACUGAGAUUAUCGCAUUCUCAGACCGUGCUAAGGAAUUCGAAGCCAUCGGAGUGCAGUUGAUCGCUGCAUCCACUGAUUCCCACUUCAGUCAUCUUGCAUGGAUCAACACACCACGUAAGCAGGGAGGCUUGGGUGAAAUGCAAAUUCCCCUUCUUGCUGACAAGAGCGCUAAGAUCGCACGCGACUAUGGCGUUCUUGACGAAGACUCUGGUGUGCCUUUCCGUGGUCUCUUCAUCAUCGACAGAAAGCAGAACCUGCGACAGGUCACAAUCAACGACCUGCCUGUAGGAAGGUCCGUCGACGAAACUUUGAGAUUAGUACAAGCAUUCCAGUUCACCGAUGAGCACGGCGAGGUUUGUCCAGCUGGCUGGAAGCCUGGCAAGAAGACGAUGAAGCCCGACCCUGUUGGAGCUAAAGACUACUUCAAGGACUCGUAAACCCGGGGUCGUAAAAGUUAUUUAUGCAGAAGGCUGAACUGCAUUAAAAUUAUUGAUUACUGCACUUGUGUCGUACUAUAAAAAGAAAAGUAUUUCUGAACAAUUCCUGUAGAUUAGGAUCCGUUUUUUCCUUUUUGCCUUUAAUCACUUUUAAUAAACGAAUCUCUUUUUUUA